UCUCUCUCUCUCUCUCCUGCCAGGAAAAAAAAACACAAGCCCUGUUCCUACGAUACGAUCUCCCCAGAUCCCCUCCCCGUCCCCGUCCCCGAUUCGAUUCCCCGCAUCGGCCGGUACCAAUUCGGCACUCCCCACACUCCGCCGAUGUUCCUUCGGUCGUCCCGCCUGUGAUCACCUCUCUCUUCUCUCUCGCCAGCUUUGCCGCCGGUAGGAUCGGGGCCGGUGGAGCGCGAUGGCCGCGCCGCCGGCUAGGGCCCGCGCCGACUACGACUACCUCAUCAAGCUCCUCCUCAUCGGCGACAGCGGUGUUGGCAAGAGUUGCCUCCUCCUACGGUUCUCUGAUGGCUCCUUCACUACUAGUUUUAUUACUACAAUAGGUAUUGACUUCAAGAUAAGAACAAUUGAACUGGAUGGCAAGCGCAUUAAGUUGCAAAUUUGGGAUACAGCCGGUCAAGAGCGAUUCAGGACUAUCACGACAGCAUACUACCGGGGAGCCAUGGGAAUCUUGCUUGUUUAUGACGUCACGGACGAGUCAUCUUUCAACAACAUACGGAACUGGAUACGCAACAUUGAGCAACAUGCCUCUGAUAAUGUGAACAAAAUUUUGAUAGGCAACAAGGCUGAUAUGGAUGAGAGUAAAAGGGCUGUUUCUACUGCAAAGGGACAAGCACUAGCCGAUGAAUAUGGCAUCCAGUUCUUUGAAACUAGUGCCAAGACAAACCUCAAUGUGGAGCAAGUUUUCUUUUCCAUUGCCCGAGAUAUUAAGCAGAGGCUUGCUGAGACUGAUUCCAAGCCCGAGGACCGGACGAUCAAGAUUAACAAGACAGAAGGUUCUGAGAAUCCAGAAUCUCAGAAAUCUGCCUGCUGUGGCUCAUGAGGAGUACGUGGACUUCACUACCAUGGGCUGUUUUAACUUUAUCUGUUUAUUACUGUCAGCUUGUUAUUAUAGGAACUGUAAGACUUCAGGAGAUGACUAUGUUGUGGUUGUUCUACUUGUGUUACCUUCUAUAUUCUUUGCAGCAGCAACUAUUACUUUUAAUGUAGUUUUUGUGAUUUCUAGGGGUGAUUGCAUGUUGUAUUGUCAUCGUGAGAACCAUCCACUUUCUGCUGAUGUAACUGCAUUUCAGUUUUUCAAUCUGUUGAUUGCUACA